CAAGUUAGCAUCGCGACGCGUACCGUAAGACAAUUCGAUAACCUGGUGCAGCUGAAAUUUCAAAGUGCGUCAUGCGAUUCAUUUUCUUCGAGCAACUGUAAAAAUAUUUUCUUGCAAUUUCCAUUCGUUUGUUUGCCUUUCGGGACAGAAUCAAGACUGAGUAUCGUUUCUCCUUAAUCCUUGCAAGAGAAGCCACGAACCUCGUGAUGCUCUUAGGUAAUGCUGUGUGGCAGUGCUCUCCUAUUUCCUGGCAUAGCAUUGUCCUCACCAGUUGGCCGAUCUGUAUCAUCGGGCAACGAUACGCGUAGUCCUUUUCCUUCGUUGCUGGGACUCCAAGGAGGAAUGGCCACCACAGUUGCGCAACAUCUUGUGGCUCCAGACGACGAAGAUGUCUUUCUAGAAAAUGGGCUUCUAAGUUAUGAAAAUCCGAAUUAUCACUUAGAUCCUGCCAGACUUGAUGACGCUUUAAAUUCCAAUACCGAAUCUCUUUACGAAGAACUCUGCCAGGAAUUGGAUGGUCUUUGUAGGCAGUCAUCAAAUAUCCGUGUCACCCCCAAUAGAAAAACCUACGCAGCAUUAGAUGUAGGUUCAAUGGGGGUUGAUGUAGGCUCCGGACCAUUAUCACAUUCUACUGAUUAUACUGACAACAGACGGAAUGGGGAACGAAACGGAAAUGCAAUGUGUCGUUUAGAUAACACUACUGAUACAGAAGCAUAUUCUCCAAGAAAAAGUUUAGAUAACGAUGGACCAUAUUACUGGCAUAUAAAAAGUGGGACCAUACAACGUGAGCCGCCGUCUAUACCAAAUAGUAACAGGGUUGAUCAGUUAAAUACGAAAAGCAGCUUUAGUAAAGAAACCGAAAGUAUUAUAUCAAAAUUCGAAAAUAGCAUACUAUCAUCGUCCGUCACUAGAAGUAGUACCAGUUCAGCACUAGAUUUAGAAGGUGAUGAACGUAAACGAAAAGAGGAAUUAACAUUAAAGAGACGUAGUUAUCCGGCUAGGCCGGAACCUGAAACAAAAGAAAAACCCAUUAGAUUUGCAGUAAGAUCUCUUGGGUGGGUUGAAAUAGCAGAAGAAGAUCUUACACCAGAAAGAAGCAGUAAAGCAGUAAAUAAAUGUAUAGUCGACUUAUCUUUAGGCAGAAAUGAUCUUUUGGAUGUUGUUGGGAGAUGGGGAGACGGGAAGGACUUGUUCAUGGAUUUAGAUGAAGGGGCACUUAAACUAAUUGACCCAGAAAAUCUUAACGUACUUAACACUCAACCUAUACAUACAAUCAGAGUCUGGGGAGUAGGACGAGAUAAUGGAAGAGAAAGAGACUUUGCUUACGUUGCAAGAGAUAGGAGUACGCGGAAACACAUGUGUCACGUUUUUCGGUGCGACAUGCCAGCCAGAACAAUCGCAAACACUUUACGGGAUAUUUGUAAGAAAAUAAUGAUCGAACGUAGUCUACAGCAAAACUUGGCGAAGCCACUCGACAUAAAUGGUAGAGGACUUGCAAACAGACCAACGAACCUUCCUACUGAGCACAGAAGAUCAAACAGAAACAGUCAAGCACUCAUUACUCAGUCAUUUCCAACACCGAUGGAAGAACCGAAAAAGGUUUUACGAGCGCAAUACCUUGGCAGUAUUCAAGUUACUCAAGCCACCGGAAUGGAUAUUCUAAAUGACGCUAUCAGCCAGUUAGUUACAACAGUUCCCCAGCCACAAUGGCUAGUAGUAAAUGUAGCUAUUGCUCCAUCAAUGAUUUCGAUCCAACAACCAAAUGACGAUAAAUUAUUAGUGGAAUGCAGGGUUAGGUAUUUGUCAUUUUUGGGCAUAGGGAAAAAUGUUAAACAGUGUGCAUUCAUUAUGCAUACGGCCCAAGAUAUAUUUAUGGCGCACGUGUUUCAUUGUGAACCGUCUUCAGGAGCUUUAUGUAAAACAAUAGAAGCUGCUUGUAAGUUACGUUAUCAAAAAUGUUUGGAUGCACAUCCUCAAGGAUUUGGGAGAACACAGCAGUGUAUUCAAACACCCAGCAGAAGUUUUGGAGCUGCCCUUAAGUCUAUAGUUGGUUCUCUAACUGGAAGGAAAAGCAAAAGUGCAGAAUCCUGAGACGAGGUCCAGUCUCUGCAGGAUCUCUGGCUGUUGCCUGCAGAGCGGGAAAUCAUCAAACAUAGACACUUGCAAUCGCCAAUAACUCUAAGACAUUUCAGCAUGCCGUCGGCGCAAGUGCGAUCUCUGUUAUCACCGUCACUCGACGCAAGAAGACUUUAUCUUGCCCGAUGGGAUUCUGGCAGUUAAACAUCAGGAUAAAAAAAUUUACACUAGUCGACCACUUGUUGUGACAGUGAUACUGAAACAGUGACAUUUAGAUCUCCAAAACUAACUUACAAUAAAACUGUCGGAAGUGCACGGAAAGGUGAAUCGAAUGUGUGUCUAUUUUUUUGCUUUAUUGCUUCUACGAAAUCCAAAAAAUUGGAGUAGAUGGUCAAAUAAAAAUAGUAUUGUCACGUUGUCAUUUUCCGUAUAUAUCUACAUAUCUGUACAUAUGUGGAUAUAGAUAUAACUACUAGAUGUAAAGGGUUACGUUGUGUUGUUUCUGAAUGGGUAGUAUUGCCACCUAAAGAGUCUCGCCUUUUGAAACAAACAUUUGGCACGCUAUUUGUAGAUAUUCUUUCUUUAUUCAAAUUAGAAGUACACAAUGGGCAAUUAAAAGCAGUAUUAAGGAAAACCCGUGUGGGCCGAGGUCCGUGCACGUAUUCAACUUUCAAACCCAAGAAAAUUUCACCCUAUGGACGAGUUGUAGUGAAAAAUAGCAUUUGCAGAGAACGAAUUAAACAUGCGGUCUAAGAUAUUUCUUGCUUUCCUUACUCUCCUGCGUAGGGGGAGAACAUAUACGUAUACUUCUAUAAUCAAGGAACUAAUGCGUCCUAGAUUAUAUGCAACAUGAAAGCUACAAGAGUGUGGCCCACCACUGACCCAACCAGAGAAGAGAGACUAGUAUAGAAGUCCAAUACUGGGUUAAUAAUCCGGACUUCGUUUCGGAUAACAUGUCGGUAAA